CCCGGCGCCCCUGUGCUGUGUUGCCCAACGCGGCGUGUCUGGGAGGGCCGGCCCGCAUCUGCGCGGCGCCACCUGCUCGCCGGUGACUAGCUACACCCGCUCACCGGCCGUACCAGAGUGUGCCAGAGUGCAGUUCUGCGCCCGAGCGCGGCCGUACCGGACUGCAGUUCAAGUUCUGCGCCCGAGCGCGCUGCGAGCCGCUCCGAGCGACCGUCCGUUCCGUGACUUCUGAGCCCACACACCAGUAGCGCGCCAGACGCCCCAGCGGCCGCCCGUCCGCCCGUCCGCCCGUCCGCCCGUCCGACCCACCCUGUAGACCGCCGUGCCCGCACAUCAGUAGGUUCUGCGCCGUGCUGACACCAGCCCGCCACCGGAGCCGACGCCAUGAAAAGACCCCCAGCGCUGGUGCUGGUGCUGCUGCUGGUCACCACUGGCCGAUGGGGCGCCGUCCAUGGGCAGUCCCGGGAGGAGCUGGGCCGGCCGCCGGUGGUGCGGCCACCGGCCAUCCCGCGCGGCGCCGCGCCCCGGCCACUGGUGCGCGCGCCGGCGCCUCCGGUCCGGCUGGGCGCCGGCGCGGAGCCGCAGCCGCCGGCGCCGCCGCCCACCACCGACCGCGCCUGCGUGGUGCGCCACGUCGGCGGCGGCGAGUUCAAAAAGGAGUGUGUCGACAUCGCCGAGCGGUGCGCGCGACGUCAGUGUCCGCCGGGCACCGUCUGCGCCCUCAAUCUGGACGAAGAGCUCGAGUGUUUCCCGGAGUCGGUGAAGAAGUUCCAGAGCUGCCUGCCCGACUUCCUGCGGCUCUCCCAGCCGUGUCCGGCCGACAGCGGCAUCCGAGCCUUCGGCAUGGGCUGCAACUACUGCGUCGGCGGUAACCCGUUCCAGCCCCUGCCGAUACCGUCACCGCCGCGGAGCCGGCUGGACACGUCUGGCCAGGCGCGCCAGGUGGUCUCUCCGCCGGCCGCUCCGCCGGCGGCCGUCUCCUCGCGCGCCUGCGUGGUGACCGUCUCCGACCAGGGCGAGUCGGUCGGCGAGUGUGUCGACAUCUCGGGACGGUGCGCGCGGAGAGGCUGUCCCGCCGGCACCGUGUGCGCCCUGGAUCUGGAGAGCGCCAUCACCUGUCUGCCCGGGUCGCUCACCGAGAUCAAGAACUGCGGCUCGGAGUCGGCCCGGCUGCGCAGGCCCUGUCCGUUCGACACGGGCAUCACCGGCUUCGGCAUGGGCUGCACCUUCUGCGUCGGCGGCAACCCGUUCCUGCGCGGGCCCGAUCCGCCGGCGCUGUCGGCGACUCCUGGCCGGCAGGCGGACGGCGAGGACAGCACGGAGCCUCCGGCGCCGCCGGCCGGCCGCGCCUGCCCGGUGCUGCACGUGCGGGACGGAGAGUUCAGCUCCGAGUGCACCGACAUCUCCGAGCAGUGCGCGCGCCAGAGCUGCGCGCCCGACCAGGUGUGCGGCCUGACGCACGCCGGCGCCAUCAGCUGCUUCCCGCGCUCGGUGACAGAGUUCCAGCACUGCGGCAGCGAGCGCAGCCGACUCGAGCAGCCCUGCCCCGCCGACGCCGGCAUCAGAGGCUUCGGCAUGGGCUGCACGUUCUGUGUCGGCGGUAACCCGUUCGCGUCACCCUCUGUCAACCGGCGCCGGCUGAACGGUACGACACAGGGGCCCGCCGAGGAGGAUGUGGCCUGCGUGGUGCGUCACAUCAGCAGUGGCAACUUCAAGCGAGAAUGCAGGAGCAUCCGCGCCGAGUGUGACCAGAAACAGUGUCCUGUCGACACCGUCUGCGGCCUGGACCUCGACGAGAACAUCACCUGUUUCGACGCGUCCGUGAAGGAGUUCGAGAACUGCGGCCCCGAGUCGUUCCGCCUGCAGCAGCCGUGUCCCGCGGACGCUGGCAUCCGCGGGUUCGGCAUGGGCUGCACGUUCUGUCGGGGCGGCAGGCCGUUCUUCGGCCGGCCCACACCGACCCCGGUCGGCCCGCCCACCCCGACUCCGACGGCGGGCGCCACCGGCUCCGGCCCGUCCAGCGCCGACCGGGUGGCGUGCGUUAGCCGCAUCACGGCCGCUGGUGCCGUGCGGCGCGGCUGUAUGGACAUCAGCGAGCUGUGCCAGCGCCGGCGCUGCCCGGCCGACCGCACCUGCGCGCUAGACAUCAACGAGCAGCCGAGCUGCUUCGCCGCCAGCCAGCUGCCCAUCAGCAACUGCGGCACGACGCGCCAGCGGGUGGCGCAGCCCUGCCCGGCCGAUACGGCUGUGGUGGCGUUCGGCGCCGGCUGCACCUACUGUCGGCCGCCGGCCGGCGCGCCGCCGCCGCCGCCGCCACCCGGCGCGCCGCGCCGCGCCUGUGUCGUCUCCGGGCCGACCCGGCGCUGCGAGGCGAUCGAGGCGCGCUGCGCUGAACUCGCCUGCGCAGAGACGUGCGCGCUGGCGCUGGACGGCCAGGCGCGCUGCUUCGCGGCGUCCGAGCUGCCGGCGGCCCACUGCGGCCCCGAGCGGCGCCGGCUCGACCAGCCGUGUCCGGCCGGCCAGACGGCGGUGGCCUUCGGGGCGGGCUGCACCUUCUGCCGGCCGCAGUGAGUCCGGCCGGCCCUCAGAGGGGGAGGGAGGUAUGGGGAGGUAUGGGGAGGACAGCAGGCGUGACGUCAGACUCGUCGGCCGGCUCGGGGUUAGCGCGGCUGGGGACUGACGGACAGUCGACAGCGGUAUAAUGAAGGUCGACCCGGGGGGCGCAGCCGGCGCGCGGCACAGGUCAGGGUCGGACAAACAACACAGGCAGUGAUCGUUUGGUGGUAAAAAGCGAGCGGAUAACACGGGCGGCGGACGUAAAAGCGUCCACGAAUGAGACACCAGACAUGUAACUGCUGCUUCAAGCUCUCUGUGCGUGUAAAGUCAACCGAUGCUGUCCACCAGCGCCGUGUCAGAUUACUACGGUGCGAUUAGACAUCAUUUUCCAUCAUACGACGACAAAGGGCACUUCCGUUAUAUGUAGAACGUUUUAAUCUUCGUUCGGAAGAUGCUUGGUUCUCAUCGCUUUGUCGAGUCGUUCUAUUUUUUUCCUCCGUCUAGUUGCUAGCAGGCGGCUACGUAACGUCGUCAGUGAACACCUGCCAAUCACUACAAAUAAACGGUGUACAAA